UCGGCAUGACACUUCCGGUCGAACUUCUCAUCUGACAGUCCGAAAUGUUGUAGGGUACACAACUCACAGCUGUGACCCAAAAUCGUUCAGUCAACGCGGGAUGCUACCAGCAAGCACACGCGUUUGCAGAUAAAUCUAAUGUGUCGACAGGUCUAAAGCUGCUGGAAAGCCGGAGGAUCCUCUUCUGCGCGCGAACACAAUAACCAAAUUCGCAUCGCGCGAUUAACCUGAUCACGAUAGGCUCUGACCUCCUUCGCCACUCGAAGGGAGAAUUCGACUAGCAGUCUCUCUGCGUACAGACCAUGCUACAGCCAGCCUUUUAAAUAGCAUAAACAUUGACACUCGACGCUAUGCCAGACAGGAGCAAAGUUUUGGUUGGUGCUGGAGUAAUUUGGGGUGUAACUCUUUGCUGUCUUUUAUUUAGUCGCAAGUUGAGGCCCAUGGCAUUGUUAAAUUUCAUUCCUACUAUCUUAUAUCGCGAUAAAAAAAUGGAGAAUGAAGAUGAACAAAAACAUAAUGUCAAUAAGGCUAGUACAUCAAUAGACUGUGAUACUAAUGUACAUAAAACAACACAAAAUGAAAUGCAAAAUAGACAACCAACACCAAAUUUUAUGAUGGGUGGAUUGACAGGAGCGUCACCACCAAAAUUCGUAUCUUUUGACGAAAUUGUAAAAGCUGCCAAUGGAAUGAAAAAUAUGGCCUUAGCACACGAAAUCGCGGUAGACAAAAAUUUUCAACUGCAGAAACUAGAGCCAGAAGAUGGUAGUUUUCAUAGGCGAGUAAAAGAAAUAAUGCACAAAGCUUUUUGGAAUCUGUUAGCGGAGCAGUUGGCCGAAGAUCCACCAGAUUAUUCACACGCACUGGUUUUAUUGAAAGAAAUUAAAGAAUCACUGGAUGAGUUGGUGCCACCACAGAAUUCGAAAAUCAAAGAUAAUAUUAGAGAGGUGCUUGACCUAGAUUUAAUUAAACAACAAACAGAAAAGGGCGUUUUAGAUUUUCAUCAUUAUGCCCAAUAUAUAAUCUCCAUAAUGAGUAAGAUAUGUGCGCCAGUCAGAGACGAAAAAAUCAGAGAGCUUACGCAGCAGACGGACAUUAUCGAGACGUUUAAAGGUGUUAUGGAAUUGUUACAAUUAAUGAGAUUGGACUUGGCAAAUUUUACCAUUACUAUGAUGAGACCAAAUAUCAUCGCCUCGAGUAUUGAGUAUGAGAAGGCAAAGUUUGCCGAAUUUUUAAAAAUUAAUUCAAAUGGUUUGCAAUACACAGAAAGAUGGUUAUUAAGGCAUUUUGACCCGGAAAAGAUCACGGACUCGUCGACCUCUAGUACUGGCAAUAUAAGACAACUUACUCACUCCUUGUUGACUGAAGCAUACCUUGAUCUUCUAGAAUGGGAUUUUAGCCCAGACGCUGAAACCUUGAUGCUGGACCAAGGAAGACUCCUGGAAUUGCGUGACAUAACUAGUAGAUUGAGUGUCGUUGGUGCUGUAAUAUUGUUGAUUAAUAAUACGAUUGGUGCACCGAUUCACGGAGUUUCAAACUUUAAGAAGAAUAUCAAAGAACAUUUGAAUGUAUUAUUAGACUCUGUACAUUCUAACAAAGAUCUAGAAACUGCAAUGCCAAAUAUUGUGCUACAAGUAAAAACAGACGUCAAAACUACAUUACGAGAAGUCAACGCUCCUGACUUAUCCCCGGAAGUGGAAACAUUGUUGGAGGGUCAGAUAACCGACUUGAUAGACACGAAACAUAAGAUCAGAUACCUCGUCAGCUUACGAAUUAGACAAUUUCUGCAGAAGAUCAUACUCUCGCAAUCUAUUGCGCCCCAACAAGUACCACCAGGUCUCUCCUCACUGCAAGAAGAGUUAACAGCGAUCGCGGCCCGAUUCGUUAUACUUGUUGCGCAUAAUCGGAGCGUAUUCGGAGAAUAUUAUCAAGACAUUGUUGCAAACGCGCUUGCAAGAAGUGACGUUGACAAUAACAAAGAAGUACAUGGAGCACAUACAAUGGAAUUAUAAAAAGAAUGGAAAGAUAGUUUUAGAUAUGUAUAAAUAUUGUUAAUACACUUGGAUCUCGUUAUGGUCGUUUCUAAAGUUAUAAUUUUACUCAUUUAUCCUCUAUUAUACAUCUCAACUUUUAUCAAUCCAGUUUUGUACUGCAUGGGAAUGGUGUGACACGAAGAAUUAAUUUUCUUUUUUGUAGUACUAUAUUGAGACACACUGUAUCGAGGUACGAGUGUAUAUAAUUUUUCAUAUUUAUGUCCAUCUAAUUGUAUAAUGGGCAAUAUUCGCAAAUUAUAUACAUGAUUAACAAAGUAGAAAAAGUAUCUGUAUUUAUUGUUGUUACUUAUUAGAAAUCGACGAAGAUGAUCAUUAACAAUAUAUUUCUUUUUUACUAUAA